AUGUGUGCAUAUCUCAGUCCAUUCACGACCAUGGGUUCUGGCAGCUACUUCACAUUACUGGCAGCAAAGCAAGGACAUUGGGUUGUAGCAGUUGAUCCAGUUUGGGGUAACCUACGUAGACUGAACAAAGCAUUGAGAAUCAAUGGGCUAAACGAAUCUGUGUUGAUGCUGCACAAUGCUGUUGGUCCUUCCAGCGGGUUGUUCACUCUUAGAAAUGACGAAUCGAAUUUACUGGAAAGUGAGUGCGUAGGUGAGUGUUCAUUCCCUGCGAAGACGAUCACCAUGAAUGACUUGGGUCACUUGUUAGCGAAUCAUUUCCAAAAAUUAUCAGCUAACCAUAAAGUUUUUUAUGAAAAAAAAAUUUCAUCGCCACAAUUUCUUGAUGUUCUCAGAAAACAAAAGGUGGUGUUGAAAAUUGACGUGAACUGUUUCGAGCACGGGAUAUUUUUGCAUGCAGAUAACUUUUUUGAUCUCCAUAAUGUCAUAUUCGUUAUCAUGGAUUGGCCCGUUAAGUUUGGAAUUUUCAAGUUUUUAGAAAUGUUUGAUUCCAAUAACAAACGAGUCAAACUGGUUUUAAAAUUUUUCCGAGACAGAAACUACGAUGCGUACAGCAUCAAGGAUUAUCAGUUAGACUUUUUAAAAUGGAAAAACUGGCCACUUAAAAUAGUUUGGUCUCAUCGGAGCCAUUCAAAAUUUCUUACCGGCAAAAUAUUUCCAGACUUGCUGAAAAAUAACUUUUUAAAUAUUCUGCAUCAGAGUUAA